AUGUCGGCCCAAGUCCCCGACCAGGCGGCUCUGUCCCCAAGCCAUGAUACCAAAUCCGCCUCACCUACAGAUGCUUCGUCCACCACGAGCCCCAAUGGCAGCACCAGCAACAAUGGCAGCAGCGCCUCGUCCAACGCGCAGGUGUCGCCGUCGCUUGGUGACGCCAUAGAUGCGCCCCGGCAGCUCGUCUGCCGCUGGAACCAGUGCGGCCAGAAGUUCACCAACGCCGAGACGCUCUAUGAACACAUCUGUGAGCGUCAUGUUGGCCGCAAGAGCACAAACAACCUGAGCCUCACCUGCCAAUGGAACUCUUGUCGCACCACCACCGUCAAGCGUGAUCACAUCACUUCUCACAUCCGUGUUCACGUCCCUCUGAAGCCUCACAAAUGCGAGUUCUGCGGCAAAUCCUUCAAGCGACCUCAGGACUUGAAGAAGCACGUCAAGACCCAUGCCGAUGACUCGGUUCUCUCCCGGCCUGGCCAGGAUUCGCAACCCGGCAUGAACUACAGACCACAAGCUCCCAAACCCCCUAGCUAUUAUGACCACAAUGGACAGAUGCGAAGCCCGGUCACCGGCUUCCCUCAACCUCAUGCUGGCGGCUAUUAUGCUCCUCAGCCCUCGACCAACUAUGGUCUCUACUUCAACCAGCAGCAUGUCAAUCCGGCACCCCGCACUGAGCACAUUGGCUACUCUGCGAGCUAUGACCGCAAGCGCACUCAAGCUCAUGAGAUGGUUGACGAUUUCUUUGGCAGCGCCAAGCGCCGCCAGAUCGACCCGACUUCUUAUGCUCAGAUCGGACGCUCCCUGCUCCCUCUUCACAAUGCUCUUGCUAUGCCCAGCGGGCCCAUGGCCGCCACUGAAUCUUACUUUCCCCAACCGGCCGGCCAUGCUGUAGGCCACGGUGUGGUCCACGCUGCGCCUGCGCCAGCGCCUACUCAGAAUCCCUUGGCCCAGCAGUACUAUCUGCCUAUGCCGAAUGCGAGGACGCAGAAAGACCUGAUUCAGCUCGACCAGAUGCUGGGGCAAAUGCAAGAUACUGUGUACGAGACCGCUCCGCAAAUCACCGCCGGAAUGCACCCCCAUGACAGCCAAUUCGCCGGAUACCGCAGCACCCCGUCGCCCACCACGCUUCACCGCGGCCCAGGCGCCAUUCACGUCGCCCCCGAUGGCUACCACCAGCCCGUCUCGGCAGCAAGCAUGGCAUCACCGCUGACGGCCAUCUCAUCUACCGGUACCCCUGCAGUGACACCUCCAUCCAGCGCCUUGUCAUAUACCUCUGGCCAUUCCCCAAGCCCCUCAGCCUCUUCGGGAUUUUCACCACAGUCCCGCCAUAGCUCGACUGCCUCGUCCAUCAUGUAUCCCAGCCUGCCCACUAGCUUGCCAGCCGUGAGCCAGGGAUUCGGGCAGUCGACUACAGCAACUCUGGGCCCCAGCUUUGACGCCGGUGAGCGCCGCCGCUACUCGGGCGGCAUGCUCCAGAGGGCCCGCGGUGCACCGCCACGAUCUGUCGAGGAGCCCAGCGGCGCAGUCACGCCCAAGGCAAGCGAAUCCACUCCACCGAUUGGAUCUCCAUCCUCAGAAUCAUCCGAUGUCAGUGAUGCCACCCGCGAGCGGGAGGAACAGUACGACCGAUGGGUAGAUAACAUGCGGGUGAUUGAGGCCCUUCGUGAAUACGUCCAAGGACGUCUUAAGCGUGGUGAAUUUGAGCAAGAGUACCCUAGUGUCAACAGAAUCCGCAAGGAUGUUGAUGCCAUGGACCUUGAAGGCAAGUCCAGGAGCCCGCUUGCCAACGAGCGCCCCAUGUCCAAGGAGAGCAACCCGCUGUACCCCGUCCUGCCUGUUCCUGGUACCUAA